UCAAGAGCCACAAGAUUGCGCAGCCAUAGCCGCCAUUUCCUCUUCCCGGCUUUUAUUAUCUGAUGAUUAAAAGCUGAUCCUAACAUCUUCCCCCACUCUAUAUAAGCCUCCCUAUCCACAUCAAUAUCUCCACACUCCAAAGCACAAUACUUUUUCAAAUCUUUGUGAUUAAUUUUGUGGGUAAUAGAGAGAUGGGUGAGGAAGGUGUGGCGGUGGUGGUGGUUAGAGAAUUUGAUCCAAACAAAGAUCGAUUAGGCGUUGAAUAUGUGGAGAGAAGGUGCGAGGUCGGUCCCAGCGGCAAACUCUCUAUCUUCACCGACCUAUUAGGUGACCCAAUCUGCAGGGUCCGCAACUCUCCUGCUUUUCUCAUGUUGGUGGCGCUGAUAGGAGAUGAGAUAGUGGGCAUGGUGAGAGGUUGCAUCAAAACCGUUACAUGCGGCAAGAAGCACAUCAGGAGUAGUAGUGAUCAGCCCAAAACCCUCCCUAUUUACACAAAAGUCGCUUACAUCUUGGGCCUCCGCGUCUCUCCUUCUCACAGGAGGAAGGGAAUAGCGAUAAAGUUGGUGCGUGGAGUCGAGGAGUGGUUUAGAGAAAAUGGGGUUGAAUAUUCCUACAUCGCAACGGAAAACGACAACCAAGCUUCCGUUAAGCUUUUCAUCGACAAAUUCGGUUACUCCAAGUUCCGUUCGCCCUCCAUUCUCGUCAACCCGGUAUUCGCCCACCGACUCAGGAUCCCUGACGAAGUCACCAUCGUCCAACUAAGCCCUUCCGACUCGGAGAAGCUCUACCGCCGUCGAUUCUCCACUAUCGAGUUUUUCCCUCGCGACAUUGACUCGGUCCUCACCAACAAACUCAACCUCGGCACUUUCUUGGCUGUGCCACGUGGCACAUAUGAUUCAGAGUCUUGGCCCGGGUCGGAUCGGUUUUUGUCCGACUCGCCUGAGUCUUGGGCUGCGGUCAGUGUGUGGAACUGUAAGGACAUGUGGACACUGGAGGUUCGUGGCGCGUCGCGUGUGAAGCGCACAUUUGCUAAAACGACAAGGCUGUUGGACCGCGCUCUGCCGUUUCUGAGACUGCCGUCAGUGCCGGAGGUGUUCAGGCCGUUUGGGCUGCAUUUUUUGUACGGGUUAGGGGGUGAAGGCCCACGCGCAGCGAAAAUGGUAAAAGCGCUUUGUAGCUACGCGCAUAACUUGGCUAAAGAGCGCGGUUGCGGGGUAGUGGCUACGGAGGUUGCGAGCCGAGAUCCGCUUAGGUUAGGUGUUCCGCACUGGAAGAUGCUGUCGUGCGCGGAGGACUUGUGGUGCAUUAAGAGGCUGGGAGAGGACUAUAGUGACGGGUCUGUCGGUGACUGGACAAAAUCAUCUCCUGCCAUGUCCAUUUUUGUCGACCCCAGAGAGUUUUAGUUUUGAGUAGAAAAAGAAAGGGCCAAACAAAGCCGUCUCUCUCUUGUCAAUUUUUAGUUUUAGUUUUUUAAUUUUCAUUUUCAGAAUUUUAGACUUUCUGAAGAUAGAAAAAUUAGAAGAUAUAAUAGAGGUAUGCUUGUGAAAAGAUAAUAUGUCCCUACUUUUUCUUUUUGUUCCAACUUUUGUAAAUGGAUGUGGCUUUCUAGAUCCCUUUGCAACCAAACGCAGCCUAGUAGUUUUUUGUGGAUCGAAUGGUUCUUUUGUUUUUCAUUGAGAAUUGCUUUU